AUGGAAGUCGUCGAUGUCAAUAUGUAUUUGGACACAUCGAAAAGAGGAAUCGAGAAAUCUCCAAAAGUUGUUCACAAAUUCUCCACGAAUUGGGUUGAUUUACCGCCGGAAAUCAAGCUGCAUUGCAUCGGAGACAUGGAUUUCAGGACAAAGUAUAAUUUUUUUUUUUUUCCAUUUUUCCGGUCGUUUCAGAACAAGCCUAGGUAGCACGAGUCGAACCGAAAGCGCCCUCGUCGCUACAAAUCUUGCGAAACAACGGCAUCAUUUCCCAGAGCUCUGGAUCGGAAUCGACACGAAAACCGACGAUUACACUGUGAACACGACGAUUGACGGCGAGAAAUUGUCGAUUUCGACGAAUGGUCUUAGUUUCCUGACCAGAAACAACAAAACAACCGCCGAAAGCGUCAUCGCGUUUAUCGCGCGAGUUCUGAAGUACGGAGUGAUCGACCGGCUGAUUCUGGCGCAUCUUGGCAAGAAGGACACGUAUUUAAAGGCGUUGGAGGUGUUCGAGAAGUGUGCUCCGUUCAAAGUCUCGAACAUUACCUCGAACAGCGAUAACGAGGCGUCGAUGCUUUUCUUUCUCAAAAACUGCGAGGGACACGUCAACAAGAUCGAUCUAAUGGGCUUCGAAGGAUUCGUUGCGAACGAAAGCGCGUUUGAAGAGUACCAAGCGAUUCCACAGUUCCAAAAUGCGAAUCACAUCAAGAUUACUUCGGGAAGAACGUCUCUCCGUUCCUGGCGAUGA